GCUCAGGAUCCGCUGUCCGUGUGGGGGGAGAGACAGACGCACCGGGAGACCCAGGACGUAAAGUUUCCGCCAGAAAAUGACCGUGGAGAGAAUAUUCGACGAGCUUGGACAUUUCAAACGGUUUCAGGCAUGCCUCUACUUUGCUGCAACCUUCCAGGCCAUAGCCUGCGGUAUCCACUACCUGGCCUCUGUCUUCUUAGUGGAGACCCCAAAUUUCGUCUCGACCGUUCCCAACAUCACAGACAUCCUGUACGGUAACCUGACGGCAUCCAGUCUCACAGACAUCCUGCCGGAGUUUAAGGGGAAAGGGCCUCUGGUGGUGAGGACGGCUGAGGGGGAGCAGUGGGAGCUUAGCCGGUGUCGCUGCGCCCUGCGGAUCAACCCAAAUGACUUCACGUACGACUUUGAUGGCAACAAAACAGUGAAAGCCUGCGAUGGGAACUUUGUAUACGACCACUCUGAAGUCUACCGGAGCAUCGUGACGGACUGGGACUUGGUCUGUGAGAAAGAGUGGCUGGCUAAGUUGUGCCAGCCCACGUUCAUGCUGGGGGUGCUGAUUGGAGCGCUGGUGUUUGGGGACAUCGCUGACAGAGUUGGUCGUGUGAGGAUCUUGAUGAUCACCAGCAUCUGUCAGUUUGGGCUCGGGGUGGCUGUGGCGUUCUCUGGAAACUACUAUUUCUUUGUGGUGCUGCGCUUCCUUCUUGCCAUGGUCUCCAGUGGCUACCUCGUGGUGGUGUUUGUCUACGUCACAGAGUUCACUGGCAUCAAGGUGCGCACAUGGACCUCCAUGCACGUGCAUGCUGCAUUUGCCGUUGGCAUCAUGGUGGUGGCUCUGACUGGCUACCUGGUGCGAACCUGGUGGAUCUACCAGAUCGUCCUCUCCACCUGCACUUCUCCUUUCCUUUUUUUCUGCUGGAAGUUCCCUGAGACGCCGUUUUACCUUAUAGCAAAAGGCCGCUACAAGGAUGCUCAGACCCUGCUGGACUCAAUUGCCCGUGUCAAUGGCCUUGAAUGCAGGUUAAAGGUGGAGGAGCUGCUGGAGCCAGAGGAGAAGGAGAAUGGCAAACCUCUGCUGGAGGAGUUGGAGGGAAAACCGUCGCAAACUGAAAAGAAGCUGUCUAUCCUAGAUCUGUUUGGCAGCUGGAGGAUGGCGGGCCGGACGUGCACAGUGUGGGCUAUCUGGUUUAUUGGAAGUCUGGGCUAUUACGUCUUCUCUUUGGGCUCAGUCAACUUGGGAGGAAACCAGUACAUUAACCUUUUCCUUGCUGGUGCAGUGGAGCUUCCCUCCUAUCUGGUUGGCUGUUUCGCAAUGGACCGGAUUGGCAGGAGGAAGACUUGUGCUCCAGCUCUGCUCCUGGCUGGGGUCGCCUGUAUGCUCAUCAUUGUGGUUCCUUCUGAUAUCGAGGCUUUGGCCAUUGCUCUCAGUAUGAUUGGAAAGUUUGCCAUCGCUAUUGCUUUUGGUCUCAUCUAUUUGUACUCCUGUGAGCUUUACCCAACUAUCAUCAGGUCUCUUGCAGUGGGAAGUGGGAGUAUGAUGUGUCGUGUUGGCAGUGUGGUGGCCCCUUUCUGUGUAUACCUGGCUGAUGUCUGGAUCUACCUCCCCCAGCUCAUUGUUGGAAUCUUGGCCUUUGUCAUUGGUGUGCUGACAAUGUUGUUGCCGGAGACCCUGGGCAAACCCCUAACAACCACCUUGGAAGAGGCUGAAGCUUUGGGACGCGAGCCAAGCAAGAAAAGCUCAGUGCCGGGCAGUAAAGAAGCUGAAGAGGGGCUGGAGAUGAAUCAACAUUAACCUGAAGUCUGAGGUGUACUAAGCUGAGAGACUCAUGAGACACUGCAUAUUUUAAUGAUGGAAAAGAGAGGCAAUGACUGCCACAAACACACAUAUUACCAUCAUGAAAUUAAAAUGAUGUUAAAUCUAGAAAAUAAGUUUUUAUUCAGAACUUGUGAAAAUGCUUGUUAACAUUUUCCUCUGCAAAAUGGCCUACAGUUUGAUAAGUGUCCUAAGACAUUACAGAAACACUACUGCAUAGAAACAGAUAUCAGUGAUGUGACUAUCAGUAACAGGUUUAGUGCAAUCACAACAUUAAUGAAUUAUUUACUUGAGAAAAUCACGUGUGGAAUGUGUCCAAGAGCAAGGAAACAUGAAGGAUUUAAAACAUAGUUUCAUCCAUCAGUCCACUCUCUAUACUGCUUAUCCCAUUUGAGGUCAGGCUGGAGCUGAUUCCAGCUUAUUGGACAAGAAGUGCAGUACACCCUGGAGUGGUUGCCAGAAAAUUACUGGGCUUUCAUAUAAAGACAAACACCUAUGGACAAUUUAAAGUCAUGAAUUACCCUACCAAGCAUGGCUACUUUCACACUGCGGGCCAGAGUGCUUAAAUCAAAUCUUUUCUUUGAACUGAUUUUUUGUUUGGCUGUUCACACUGCAGUUGAAUUUUAAAAGAUCAGAUAUGUAUCUGAUUUAGAACUAUAUAUGACUAUAUAUGGCAUGAAUCUGAUAUAAAAAGAUUCGAUUUAGUUGUCAGAAAUAAUCUGAUGUAAGUCACAUAUGGGUAAAAAAAAACAGAGCAGCAGUUUGAAAGUAGCCUAUGGUCUGUGGGGGAUGGCUGGUGUACAGAGAGAACCCACGCUUGCAUAGGCAGUCCCACACAGCCCUAUCUGACAGGGAUUAAAACCAGGAACCUCCUUGCUGUGCGGUGACGGUACCAAACAUUGUACUACCGUACAGCCCCAACAUUGAUUCACUUAAUAUUUGAAUCUUUGCUGUUCUCUAGUAUUUUUGCUCAAUUAUAAUUGCUUCCCACUCAAGGUGGUUUUUUCAGAACUGCAUAAUAAAGCUACGACUUUACAGUGGGUCAACAUGAGAGCACAGAUGUCAUGGUUUAUAUCAGAAAAUUAUGGUCAGAAUUAUACUGUUUGCCUUCUUACCCUUUUUAGUGAUUUAAAAAAAAGAUCUUAAACCCCCUUUAUCCCUAAUCUCAGCAAUAACUUCUCCCAAGUUACAAUGAAAUCAGUUGUUAUAUGCUGAGAUAACACACCAAAUGUAAGUGUGUAAUGGCUGUGUAAAUUUCUGUGACAGUAUUUAAUCUUAUGGUUGCAAUGUUUUUUAGAACAAAGAAUUUAUGAAUUUAUUACUGCCAUAUUCCUCUGUUUCACACUCAGAGAGGAAGCUUAAAUGCUGUUCAUAUAUUGUAUUGCUGUUUUCCAAUUCUUAUUCCUUUAUGUUAGGGUAACUUAAAACUAUUUUUUUGCUGCUUCAUGAUUGUAAUUCUACAUAUAGUUGGUUUCGUGUCAAAACCUCGUAUCUCUAAAAUUGCCAUUUCUCAGGAAAUUACAAUUCCAAUUUAUUUAAGGUUUUGGCCCGACGCCAGCAACAUGAAGUGGCAAAAAACCAGGAGGGUGAUUUUCCCACAUUUCAGAUUAAAACAUAUAUUGAUUUCUCAUUAGCUUCAGAGAACAGCUUUUAUUAGCAUUAAGACACUGUUAGCUAGCAACACAACAGAAGAGGUUUUAUUAUUGUUUUAGCACUAAAUGACAAAAAACUAAUUAGCUAAUGUAUUAUGAAAUGCUACCUUUAACAUGUUUGAGUGCUUGUAGAAGCUGUAGUUUAACAUUAGCUAACAAGCUAUUGAGGAUUAUUUUUCUUUGUUGUUUUACUUCAAAUACGGCUGGUUAACCCUCCUACUACCACUAUCAAUUGUCUUAAAAAUGUUCCUUAAUCAAGAACAAGUGAAAUGAUGAUAAUAUGUUUCAUAUGAUUACCGACAGCAAUAAAGGGGGUUCAGUAUUUGACAGCAUUUAAGCAUCCCAUGAAGGUUGCCUGGUUUAUAUGGUAUUACAGCACAGUUCUAAGAUUUUUUCAUAAUAAUGUUUGAUUUCUGAAGUGCCUUAUUAUCACGGUUCCACUGACCAUGUCAUAAUUUGAAAACUCUUGUAAAUCUCAAGACAUCUAUUUGGGAUAUCACUGUGAAUUUAUUGUAAACUAGACAUUGACAUUUUGAUGUUGUCCUCAAUUUUAUCUCAGUGGCAAUGCCAGUUCUCUGUUUUAAAUUUAAAGUGAGUGUUUGAAUGUUAUACUGCGUGCGGCAUGCGUGUGCUAGUAAAUACAUGUCUUAGGUUUCUACAUUCUUUUUAUGCCAUAACAAUCUAGAUGCUGGAGACAAUAAAGAAAACAUACAAAAUACUACAGUACUGUAUGAUCAGGAGCCUAAAAGUGAGCUUCUAAAGUUUGGACCAAAGACAGGAAUUUCCCACAGCAGUGUGGUGGAGCUGUAUUUACCUACUUUUCAAUACUGUAGUGAUCUUCUAGUGUGUUUGUUUCAUAUCAAAAGAACAAAAAAAUCAUGACAAUCAGCAUAAGGUAUUACAAGUGAAGAAGUUAAAAGGUUCAGUAUUUUUGAAACAUUUUUCUGUCAGUGAAAUGUUUUUUUUUUCUGUGAAAUGUUUUAUUUCUUAGUGUUUUUAUUUCAUGAUGAAAAUUAAACAAUUUGGCUAAAA